CCGGCGAGCCACGCGGGCGUGGGAGAGCGCGAGGAGUGGGCGGUGGGCGUGAGGGGCGCUGCCUGGAGCCGUGUGGACCGUUAGUGACUUCUCGCCGGUGGUGAACUGUGCGCCUUGCGUUGGUUGCCUAGAGAAACGAACGUGCCCUAUCCCCACAGUAACAUGAUAUAUCAUUCUUAAGAAUAUUUCCUGUGUAUUUAGAAAGUGGGUGAAAAAGAACCAUCAUGAAAAAGAUCUCAAACAGAAGAGAAGACAUUUAAAAAAAGAUGGAGAUGGGAAGUUGUGAAAAAAUGUCCAGAAUCCUGGAAAUAAUGUCAGAAGAGACAAACAAUAUUGCAGUAGAAGAAAUUGUAGAUAAGCAUCUCCAAAAAGAUUUAGAUGCAGAAGAAAAUCAAAACAUAAUAGAGACAUUGAGAGGCAAAGUAAGAGAAAAGCUAAAAAAUGCUAAGAUAAAUCAAGGUGAAAAAUCUUCAACUCAGCUGUUCGUUGAUACUAAGCUACAUCAAUGGUCUAAGAAUGAGGUCUUGUUGGAUGAAGGUCUUUCGUUUUUCAUUCUGAGUGGUGAAGAAGACUCUGCUUUGGGUCAGUCUUCAGAACAGAGAUCAGGAAAUGAUAGUUACCCUAAAUACUUUUCACUUGGCGAUAAUUUACAAAAUAUUGCUGAGGGUCAAGAUGAAGAUUUUAUGGAAGAAGUCAUUUUUACAGAUUUACUUGAGGUAAAAGCUGCUGAAUAUGAAGAUGAUCAGGAACAAAUGAAAAAACAGGCCACAAAUAUUUUUGUGCCAAGUAGUUCUCCAGUGAUCAGCCAGCGUAAACUGCCAAAAAAUAUGAUGCCACGCAUUUUAGAAGAUGAAGGAUUCUAUAUUCAGAGAAAGCCAGAAAUAUGUAAAAAGACCUGCAACAAGAUGGAAAAUCGCCUGCUUAAAUUAGAUGAGGGAAAGUAUUGGUUUGAAGAGAAUGGAGAAAUAAUGUCAUUACCUUCACCUAUUAGGCAGUCAUGGAAUUUCAGACUAAAUCUAAACAAAGAAUCUUUAAAUCCAACACUAAAGACCAUAUACAGGAAGGCAAUAAAAUCUGACCUUGGAAGCACUUUCAGGAACAAAAUGGAAGGUCAAAGGGAAAUGUAUCAACUGGAUCUCAAUAUUGUGGGUUUGCAAUUCAGUCAUCAUCCUCUCUUCAAUCAAGAACAAGUAUUAUGUGCUAGGCUGCUUCAGCUUUAUGAAUGUUUUCAAGACAGGCAGCAACAGAAUUUACCUCAGCUGCUUUAUGAGAAGCUGAAAGCACUUAAAGAUGCUACAAAAUUAGCAAAUGAAAAUUUGGAAAUAAACCAGCUGACUAGAGAAUCUUUAGAAGAUUAUUAUUGGCAGAUAAGUAAUACAAAACAACUAUAUGACUUAGAAAGAAAAAAGGACUUCUCCUUACUAAAGAACAUAUUACGGACUUGGAAACAGAUAAAAUCCCUUCGACAACAGCAAGGGUUUACAAGCACACCAAUAAAGUUACAGUUUCAGAGGAUAAAAAUGAAUAAAUAUGAUCAACAAAAACAAGAACAAAUGACAGAAAUAUCUGAGACUGAGAAGAAAUAUGAAGGAAAAGCACUUAAGAAUGGGGAAAAACAGGAGAGCAUCUCAUAUUUAGAUUCAGAACUUGAAGAAUCAGAAACUGAAAUAAGGCCAGUUACCUUUAUGCCACAACUUUAUUCCACUGCAGAAUUAACAACCUUAUCCAAAUGUUCAGUGCAUGAACAAAAGAGGAGAGCCAAAAUCCAGAAGCUUAAGUACUUUAUUAAAAUAUUUUACAAUAAUAAGCAGGUUUCAUGCACUUCAAUAUCUACCCUACAAUUUGAUUUUAAAGUCAUGUUUCAGCAAAUUUUCAAUAUUCAGUUAAUAAACUGGCCUGAAACAAUUUGCUUAGAGGUUUAUGAAGUAAGUAAAAGGACAAGUUUAUUGGCAAAACUAUAUUUACCUUUACCCAACAACACAGAGCUGAAAGGAAAAACUGUUUUGGAAUAUGUAGAGUUCAGCUCUGAUAAGCUGGUCAUCCCUGAGGAUGGAGAAGUAGGAAGCAAUGUACCUUUUCUUCUUGAGGGAAAUGGAACUGAAGAACUCUGUCUUUUGACGUCAGGAAAACUUAGCUACUCUCUUUCAUGGGCCUUGGAUGAAAAUGGUACCCCUCGGACACCCAUGUCACAGUCUUUGACAUCUGAUUACUACAGGAAUGUAGAUGUAAAAGGUGUUCCUGGAAUCCCAUGGCUCGUUAAUGUACAGAAGCUUUUUGAAUGGGCAAAUGAAAUCAAAAUUGAUCCAAAUAAUCCAGAAUAUUCUGAUUUAAUAGAACUUAUUAUGUACAUGAGACACAAGGGGCAGGAUAUUCCAAAGUAUUUUCGUCUUGAACAGUUGCAAGAUGAAUUUAACUUUGUUUCUGAAGAGGAAAUAAGGAAGAGUAAACGUUUCCAGCUAUUGCAGCUCAGAAAUGCAGGUCAAUUAGGUGUUUUCCUUCUGCAGCAGAUACCCCUCUAUGAUAGAGAAAUUCCAGAUGCAGUUUCCCAGGAGUAUGAAAGUCAGAUAGAGAAGGAUAUGUCUAUUUCAGAUGUGAAUUCUAUUACUGUACAAAGAAUUAAUUCUCUCAAUUUUAUGAAAAAGAUGAGAAGGUUGAUAAUGAAAAGAAUUGUCAAGGUCAGCAAAUUUAAUUUGUCUGAUAUUGUGGCUGAUUAUGAAGAAAUUGUAACUGGAAGCCAGCUAACACAUGCAAUUUGUAACUUUGUGGAACCACGAAGAAAGUUAAAACCUCGGAGAAGAGAAAGGAAAAAAGUCACAGCUCAGACUGUCUCUGAUGGAGAUAUUAAGAUUCUUGUCAGAAUACUAAGGGCUUAUAAUAUUCCCACCAGGAAAACAACAUCUAGUAGAGUUUUGGAUAUGCCUACUUAUUUGAUGUCAUCCAUAUCUCGCCUCAGACAUAAAGAAGCAAUCAAAUUGGUAGCCUCAGAUGAGCUCUUAAAUGAGGAUACUGUAAACCCUUUUGUGGAAGUUUCUUUUCAGCACACUGUAUACCAAACCAAUACAGCAAGUGGAUCUCAUCCAUGCUGGAAUGAAGAAAUUGAAGUAGAUUUUAUCUCACCUGGACAUGAUUAUAGCUUCUCAAACUUAUCUAAAAUAAAAGAUAAUGUGUAUAUAAACAUUUUUGAUGAGGUGAUCAUUGAAAAACAUGAGGACCACUGUCUCAAGAGCUGUAGCAGUCAUUCCUAUGUAAAGAAGAAUUGGCUUGGAUCCAUCAUCUUCCCUUUCUCUGCUCUUCUGCAACAAUCUGAGAUUAGUGGGACAUUUCAAGUAAAUAUCCCACCAGUUUUGCUUGGGUAUACUUGGAGUAAGACUUAUGUAUCUCCUAAAGAAGAUUAUAUUGGACAGAAUUUAAAAGAAUGUACCUUCUUAAAUAUUUUUGCUACCAUUGAACCUCAAAUAUCACAUGUCACCUGUAAUCCAAAACUAGAUAAGUUUUCAGAUCAAAUAGAUGUUUUGCAGAGAGCACAGAUUUUUGAAAGAAAUUGUAAGGCAGUGUUUCCCAACAGAAGAAUCAUAACUACUGUUCUUAAUGAUGAAGGGAUACAGAUGUUAGUAACAAGAUACAUCAAGGCAUUAAAUCCACCUCAGCAACUUCUGGAUAUAUUCCUUCAAGAUUCUAACACAACCCUUGACCUCAUUGCUCGAUUUGUGUCUUUGAUCCCUUUUAUGCCUGAUACACUGGAUGAAAAUGAUGGUUCUGAUAUAUGGAUGACAUCAGAGCGCUGCAUCAGCCUGGCUAUUGGAAAUAAGGAGGAGCAUGCCAUACUUCUGUGUAAUUUUUUUCUGUAUUUUGGAAAGAGUGCGUUGGUCCUCCUGGGAAGCUCAAUGUUGGAGGGCCAUGUGGCUUAUGUACUAACUCAAGAAAGUGAUGAAUAUUUGCUUUGGAAUCCAUCAACUGGACAAUGCCAUAAGCAGUUUGACCCAUUUUGUCCCUUACAAAGUGUAGAUUGUUUGUUUGAUGAUAAAAAUGUAUGGUUUAAUAUUCAGCAAAAUAAUACACCCAUGGCUGUACAUUUUGACUAUUCAAAAGAAAGUUUCUGGAAACAGUUAAUUCCAAAAAAUUUUCAAGGGACAAAACCACAAAGCAUACAGCCUGAAGAAAUAAUUUAUUCUGAUACAAAUGAAAGCAUGGUAGAAGACCUAAAGAACAGGAUUGAAAGGACUCUAAAGGGCAAAAUGAUGGAAUGGAGACCCAAACACCCAACACGUUGGAAUCGACAAUGUACUUCUAUUUUACGACAAAUCCUUCCUAAGCUGGAAUUUGGCACAGGAAGCUUUGUUUCACCUGAAGAAGACAGUGAUUUUGAAAGACUGCUACAGUUUUAUUGGAUCACAGGAUUUCCCAUCCAGAUGCCAUACACUGAUGUGCAGUCGGUUAUUGAUGCCGUCUAUCAAACUGGAAUUCAUUCAUCCGAAUUUCCCCAGACAGAAUUUGCUUUAGCUGUAUAUAUCCACCCAUUCCCAAACAACAUUUUAUCUGUGUGGGUCUAUCUGGCUUCCUUAUCCCGACAUCAAUGAAAAGGAAAAGAUUGUACUAUGGGUCCCUAGACCAGAAGCAAACAAACUUUUCUGGAACUUGGGAAUUUUUCUGCAUAUCCUCAAGUCUAGCCAAGUGCUGAGCCCAAUUUUUAAUUCACUUAUAGAAUUGGGCACUAUGGAGACUCAUCCCUCUGAGGACAGGUGAUAUCCUUUGGAGACCUCUUCAAGAAGGACCUCUGGCUGUCUUGGAUCACAGUCUUGAUCCAGGAAAGAAGAAAUUCUGGUUUCUUCUAUAAGGCUAAUAUAAUUAAAUUGUGGACCUCACACCAGCUGCCUCAGAAUCAUCUGGGAAGCCUUGCUAGAAUUUCUGAUUCCUAUUUCUCACUCAUAACCUAAUGAAUAGAAACUUCUGAGAGGAGCACUAGAGACUUUAACACGGCUCCCCAGGAAAUUGUGAUACAUUGUUAAAAGUGAAAACCCAGCCUUACCGAAUGUUGUCAUUUCCAAAAUAAGGUUAGUACAUUUGAUACUUACUCUGAUUCAAUUCCAGGUAGAAAUUACUUAAAUGGAAACCUAAGAUCAUUGCCUCACAUAAAAUAAAAAGUUAUUUCACUGGUAAAGAAUAAAGUAAGAAUUGCAC